GUUCUUUGGUCUCUCCCCUCCCCCCAGGACGGAUGCGUCCUGCCGGCAGAGCUAACCCACUCCCUCCUCCCUCUGCGCGUCUGCGCGACUCGGAACCAGAGCUCCCUCUGCCUCCAACCCCCCAUCCUCCCCCCUCCUUCAACUGCCACGGAAUCUGGAGUCGCACCGGAGACCGCUUCUACAACAUGGUAAGGCUGCGUGGUUCCCCAAUGAUUAAGUUCAUUUGUGGCAAACCCCCCCAAACAUCCGCCAACCCCUUCCACCAACCGCCUUCCUCCUCAACCGCUUUCCCCGCUACCCUCCGCAACCCAAUCUGUCAUGCGCACGCUUUUUUGACAUAGUGGGAUUCAGAGGUGUAGUCUCGCAGCGCUGAGCGCUGAAACGCCGCCCCCCCCCUUCAGGUUGACCCUCGGGUCAAAGAUCCAGGUUAGCGUUCUUG